AAAAUUUUUUUUUUUAGAUUAUAUUAUCCGUUCAUUUAUAAUACUGCGCCGUAAAAGAUGACGACAACAUCAAAACAUCAUUUAUUUAAUCAACCAACAUGUGUGGUAGAAAAGAUACUACUUCAACCAACAUUAAAUAUAUUAGACCGCUGUGCGAUCUCACAAACUUGUAAAACACUACACAAAUUUACAUCAACAUUAUAUUCGAUAUUUGAUUUCCCAUUAUCCCCUUCAAACAUAACGUCACUAUCACAUAAAAAAUCAUUAGCAAUAAAACCACAAGAAUUAAAAAGUGUUCCUAUAAUAGCAGUACGCUCGGGAGUGUAUAAUGUAGCAAUUGGAUCAGAUGGUGAUGACUAUUCUGCUAUAUUUUUUAACAGGAAAGGAAUUGUACGCGUUGUCAAAGUUAGAACGAAAAAAGAUGGUGUAUCAAUCGAAUGUCUUUAUUCUGUUCUUGUGCAAAGAAUGUUAUUUACUUGUACGAAAUUUAAAGAUAAAGUUUUAUUAAUUGAGUCACCACCUGGAAAAGACUAUUUUGCUCAUACUAAUACAUUACAAGAUAUAAUUGAAAAAUUUGGUAAAAUAGCUUUGCGUAAACAUUACGGAUUUAAACUGAAUUCAUGUCCUUCAUCAUCAUCAUCAAAUUCAACAUCUCAAACAACCGACAAGGCUGUAACUACAGCAAAUCCCUCAUCCUCUACAACAAAUUCGGAAGUAGACAUAGAUUUUAUAGUAUGGCAAAAUACGAAACCAACAAGGGACAUGUUACUUAAAGGAAUUGUUGGGAUGAUAAGAAGAUUUCGCCAAAGAGAACAAGCAAAUUCAAAAGAAUUUUCAACAUCAACUGGCUGUAGUGAACAACGAUGGUACAUUAAAGUAUUAAUGCAAUUUCAUUAUAGAUAUUUAAUGUGUCAGCAAAAGCUUUAUGUUUAUGGAAAUUCGUUAAGAAAACGUCAUAUGGAAAUUAUGAAUUUCUUAACAAAUGAAUUUAAAGGCUCUUUAUUAUCAACAUUCUCAAAUGAGUGGUCAUAUAAUAAUGAAAAUGAAUCGAAUUCGUCUAAUGGCAUAUUUUCUUUUGUUUUAAUGGACCUAUCAAAAAAUUCUUCAUCACCAUCAAAGAAGUUGUCUAAAAGUAUUGGUUUAACAUCAUCAAUCUCAUCAGAAGAAAUAGAAAAACAAUUAGCUCAACUUAAUGAACGUCAUUUAUUUUUAAGAACUUUAAUGGAAAAAUUUAAAUCUGUUAUAUUAGCUAAUCAAGGUUUAGAUAGUUGUAGUAUCGUUUUUCGUAAUUUUCAAUUGCAAUCAGUUUAUGAAGAUUUACGUACAAAUCUUACAAAAAUUUUACAUAAACGCGAAAAAGUUUCUGAAGUUAUUGAGACCACAGCUAUCAAGUUACAAUUGAUCUUAAAGUCUUUAUAUGAACAAGAUAUACGUAACAAGUAUUCUGCUAUGAACAAAGAAUUGGCCCGUCAAGGAAUUAAUGUUCAAUUGAAUAAUAAUGAUUUGAAAAAAUCUUCAGCGAAAAGUGUAACAACAACUUCAUCAUCUUCAUUUAAUUCAAUUACUACUACUUCAACAACGAUUCCCCGAUUAACUACAUACAUUAAUACUUUUAAUACUACUUCAACACUUCCCGCAUAUACUACUACUACCAUAACAUCAUCACCAACAACGAUUACAUCGUUGGCAUCAUCAGCAACCAACGAGAAACGUAAAGAUAUUUCAAAGUUAGCAGUUACUAUUCCGCACCAAUCUGAUCAUGAUCUUAGCGCUGAAUCAAUAUUGGAUGCCCUUUUAUUGCAAAUUCCGUUUGAGCAUAUAUUUUCAAGGAAAAUGUUCAUUAAGUUAUUAGCGCAGAGACAUUUUGAAACGAUGUGUGCUGAAUAUGGAGAUCAUACUGCCAGAAUAGACUAUGAUGAUUAUUGUUCGAGUUCAAAUGAAGAUUUGUCUGAUGAUGGUUUCUUCAAUAAUAAUAAUGAUAGUAGCAGCAGUGCUGAUAACAACGAUGAUUCAGAUUUUUUUCAUCAUCAUUAUUAUAAUUCAAGUGGCCGAAGUUUUUUUUAUGAUAUUGAAACGGGACAACAUGUAUCUCAAGAUUAUGCAAGAAAAUUUUUCAUAAAUUGGUUUGAACAAAAUUAUAAAAAAUUUUGUUACAAAUUAGUUGAAAUUGGGGAUUGGCUAAAUGCUACUUGUUAUUUUCUUUUCAUAUCAAAGAACUUGUUAAAAGAUGAUUGUAAUUGGGUUGAACAAUACGAUGAAAGUGAAGGCGUUUGUACAACUGAAUGGAGAUUCGAAAUUGUUGAAAAAGUCGAGAAAGAAUUAAUUAAUUUAACUAAUGAUGUAGUUAGACCUGCUUUAUUAAAAAAGAAUUGUUGUACAGAUAUUGACGAAGAUAAUAUGAUCAAAAUUUGGAAAACUUGGUGGUUGUAUGCUUGUAGUGAGGUGCUGGAUAAUAUUGAGACUUCAAAUGCUAAAACUGUUUUGGAAAAGAUGGAAGAUAUUUUAGAAAUGAAAUCUUCUUACGCUACUACUUCCACCUGUACUACUUGUACAAACAAAGGAAAAGAUAAAGAGAAUGAAACCGCUUAAAACCUAUCACAAACAAUUUAUGGAAUUACUUAUUUUUUAUAUUUUGAAUUAUAUUUAUUAAUUUAAUUUUUUUGAUUGAGAAGCAAUUUUGAAUGAGAUGAAAGUUAUCAAAACCAAUCUUUUUUAUUUUAUCAAACAAUUAUUAGUUUCUUUUUAUUUUUGGUUUUUUUUUGAGGAUUACUAUCAGAGACAAUAUAUAAAAGUAUUGUAUAAUUAUGUAUUAUGAUUUAUAUUAUAACCAAAAGUAUAUUUUAACAAGUUAUUUUAGUCAUUCUUUAUUAUAGUAAUAGUUUUUAAUAUAUAUAUUUGUAUAUAUA